ACCAAAAUUUUCUCACUUCCCGCCCUCCCGCCUCCUCAAUUGAAAUCCUAGAGAGAGAAAAGAAGAGAGAGAGAGAGUGAAGACAGUAGGUGAAUGUUGUACAGAUUGAAAUCCUAGAGAGAGAAAAUAAGAGAGAGAGAGAGAGAGAGAGAGAGAGAGAGAGAGAGCACUUGUAUGUAGUACCCUGAAACUGAGAGAGAGGGGGAGAGAGAGAGAUGUGGAAGAGCUCUCUGAGCUCUUCUCGUUCGAGCUUCUCUGGCCGAGAUGGAUACACCAGUGAAGACCACUAUAGGCACUCCAAUUUCUAAUUUCGAGGAUUCGCCAGUCUUUAAUUAUCUCAACAGUCUUUCUCCUAUUAAGCCAGUCAAGUCCAUACCCACCACCCAGACUUUCAACUCCCUCAGUUUUGCAUCCCCUCCAUCGGUGUUUACUUCACCAUGUAUCAAUUCUCACAAGGAAACUAGAUUCUUCAAAAGGAAUCACUUUACAGAUCUGUCCAAACCUGAGUUCUCUGACUUUGGAACUGAAGGCAGUACAAGUGAAGGCAUUCCAGAUGCUGUUCAACCAUCUGAAUUGUGCACCGAGCAACUGGGAUGUCUUAGUCCUGGGAAUCCAACUAGAGAAAUUACCUUGGAGACAUGUAAUGAGCACUCGGAAUUAGCUCUAGAAUUUCCAAAACCGCUGAAAUAUGGUUGUGGUCACCAUGACAAUUUCACGUCUCACAAUGGUAUUGAAACAGAUACUGACAGUAUAUCAUUGCCUUGUGAUGUUAUUAAAACAGAUACUGCAUGUGAAACGGCAGGAACACCGGCAUCACUUGUUCAAAUUGAUAGGGAUUGCUCACAAGAGAGACACUGUUCAUUACAAAGUGAUACAGAAUUGGGUCAAAAUUUUCAGGUGGAGCAAACUGAAGAAGCAGCAGGAUGCGACUGGGAGCAUUUUUCAGAUGCUUCUGAUCUGUUAAUAUUUGAUUUAACAAUUCUUCAAGAGAGCUCCGAGGGGCAAGAUUACAUAUCAGUAGAUACGCAUACGACCAAUUGUAUUUCAACUAUAUUGCAACACUCGCGUAAUACUAUCAAUGACUUGCAAAGAACAGAAUUUGUUGAUCCUGCUAGUUCACUUGAACAACAUGAUGAAGUGCACAGAACACAAUCAGGAAGAGUUGCAAAGCCGAGGAAAACAGAUCAAGCACCAGAAAUUCUUUCUAGCACUCUUCUGGAAGAGCAAAUCACCAGUGAUGAAAUUGUGGAAGUUGAUGGCAAAUCAAUUGCUGAAGUGGAUGAGAGGGAAGCGAAGUGCAUUCACUCUAACAGCAAGGCUGGUUUCAAGCAGCAACGUAGCAUACGAAGACUAGUUUUUGAGAUGUCGGGAGUGCAUAAAAAGAGAUCAAUAUACGAUAACAGUGGUGGAUCUUCAAAUCCAUUACAAUCUGAGUGUGACGCUGUGCUUAACAAAAAGCCGGUGGUCUCAAUUAAGCCUGAAAAUGGUUGUUCAUCUUCUGUGCUACCUGGAAUUGGUUUGCACUUGAAUGCACUUGCAUCUACUUCAAAUACUGUUAGUCAAUUUAAGAAUGAUAGGCAAGCCUCUAAUAAGCAACUGAGUAUGCCAAGGUCCGACUCCUCUUUUGAUCCUUUAGUAUCUGGUCAGAAACCUCUAAAUAUAAGCUUGAUUGGGAACUCUGUAGAACGAGAUUCGGGGUCCUGUGACAAUGAAGUUCAGGUGAUGGAAGAUGCUUCGUUCUCUUUUGGAGUUGGUGAAGAGUUUAACCAGAAUAGUCCCGAGAAGAAGAGGCGCAGGUCUGGUAGAGAAAGUGAGUUUUGCAAGCGCUGUAACUGCAAGAAGUCAAAAUGCUUGAAGCUUUACUGUGAAUGCUUUGCUGCGGGUCUCUACUGCGUUGAGCCUUGUUCAUGCCAAGAUUGCUUUAACAAGCCAAUUCACGAAGACACUGUUCUGGAAACCCGCAAACAGAUUGAAUCUCGCAAUCCACUUGCAUUUGCUCCUAAAGUGAUUAGGAGUUCCAUAACUGUUCCCGAAUCUAGGGAUGAUUCUAACAAUACUCCAGCUUCUGCCCGGCAUAAAAGAGGAUGCAACUGCAAAAAGUCAAGUUGCCAAAAGAAAUACUGUGAAUGCUUUCAGGGUGGAGUUGGAUGCUCUAUCAGCUGCAGAUGUGAAGGAUGUAAAAAUACUUUUGGUCGAAAGGAUGGGACGGAAGAAAUUGAACUCGAAGGGGAAGAAACAGAAGCCCAUGAGAAUGCAUUAGAAACAAGUUCACAGAAUAAUGUAGUCCUGGAAGGUGAAGAAGAGCAUUUAGAUCAUGUUCUUCCAAUAACCCCUUCAUCUGAGACUGCCAGAUCUCUGGUUCAAUUGCCAUUUUCCUUUAGUCACAAGCGCCAGCAAUCUUCUCGAAUUGCUGCUGGUCCAUGUCCUCAGUUGUGCACCACCCAAAAUCAUGAAAAAUCAGAUUCUUUCGGCCAUCUGCCCAAGUUUGAAAAGCGUCUUCAGAUGAUCCCGGAAGAUGAAACCCCCGAGAUUCUGCAAGGAAACUACUCUCCUACUAGGGGUGUCAAGUCUGCCUCUCCAAAUUGUAAGAGGGUGUCACCUCCUCAUCGCAAGUUGGGAUCAUCUCCUGCUUGGAGAAGUGGCCGGAAGUUGAUUUUGAGAUCUAUCCCGUCAUUCCCAUCUCUGGUCCCCCACCAUGGAAACAGUGAUUCAUCCGGAAAGCCACCCGGUUGAAGUGCUCCCAGAUUUUCAUCAAGCUGUUAAGGUAUGUUAUCUAGUUGUAUAAUUAGUUCAUUGCCUAUGUGCCAGUGUAAAUUUUAUAGUUAAAGCAUUCCCAGUUUUCUUAGAACAUCUAUUAGAUCUUUUACAUUUGUUCUGUUGUUGUACAAGUAGCUUAAGUUUGAGAAAUUUGUGUAGUAGUGUUGUAUUUUUUUUCAUAGCAUGUACUUGGAAACUCUCUCUGUGCAAUUAAUAGUUUUAUUAUAUUUUCAAGUCUUUAAUUUAAUACUAUUUCUUAUUUUUAUAUUCCCA